AUGUGGUCGCCGGCCACCGUACGCCUGUUGGUGUUCAUCGGCUUUUACGUGUCGUUCUUGGCCAUCGGAGCAUUCGUGUUCUCUGCCAUCGAGGCGCCGGAGGAAGCCGCUCGGGUCAGGGAGCUCAAGGACCUCCGGCAAGACUUUCUCGACGGGCACACGUGUGUCGGAGACGACUCAAUGGAGAAUUUUAUUAAAGAAGUUUUAUCUGCUAGCAACAGAGGCGUAUCUGCAGCUAAAAAUGUUUCGGGAGAACCAAACUGGAGUUUUGGCCAAUCUUUAUUUUUCGCUUGCACCGUAAUAACGACUAUAGGUUACGGUCACGUCACUCCGCUGUCGCAAGAAGGCAAGUUGUUCUGCAUGCUCUACGCACUUUUCGGCAUACCCUUGACACUGGUUCUGUUGACUGCACUGGUCGAUCGGUUGAUGAUACCCACGACCAAGUACCUGCACUUCCUCAACAGCCGUCUCGGACAUCUAUAUCCGCCGUUCACCAUCCGGUUGUUGCAUUUCGGCACUAUACUGGGCACGUUGAUAUUUCUGUUUCUAUUGCUGCCCGCGGCGAUGUUCACGCACUUGGAACCCGAGUGGAACUACAUGGAUUCACUGUACUACUGUUUUAUAUCGCUCACGACCAUCGGUCUCGGAGACUACAUUCCGGGAGACGCUCCGGACCAGAAGUACAGACCUCUCUACAAGCUGAUGAUAACCGGCUACCUGGUCGUGGGACUUGUGUGUGUGAUGUUAACGCUGUCUAUUUACUACGACAUCCGGCAAUUAAACUUCGGCGUGCUUUUCAUGUUGGAAAACGACGAAACCCGUUCGAUCGAUCCGGAAAAAAUGCAUUUACAAGAACCUGGGACAAACAGGACCAAGUACACAAAUGAAAAAGAUUCACCCACAAGCUUGGAGGACACCACUCCGAUACACAGCAUUCCUUAA